AUGUUCGAAAUGAGUUUGAAGUUAGUAUUAGCGUGGCUUUGUUGUGUUAUGGUGUGGUUUGGUGUGGUAUUGGGUAGUAGUAUAGAUAGCAGUGCUAGCUUAGAUGGAAUGGAGUUAUCACCGGGUGUCAAAUUAUGGUCUCGUUUAGCUCAAACAUCCUUAGAAGAUAAUUCACGCGUAGAAAUGGAUAAUUUGCAUUUAUAUGGCCUAGUUGGCUUCAAUAGCGAAAUCCCAGAACACCAAAUACCCAUUAUGAGGAAAGCAAUAACUGCUUGUUUGGACUUGUUGGGUAUAAUGGUUCAGCCUUUGAUAGGAGACCAAUUGAUAGAAUCUCGUAAUCCAGAUGGCUCCAUAGGCUGUAUUCUUGAGAUGAAUUCAAAGAAGGAUCAAAUACAAAUGAUAGAAGACAUGCAGAUCGUGGAACUAGCAGACUAUUUGUAUAGUUUGAGAGGAAUGCCGGGCGUAUAUGAAGUCGCCACCAUGUAUAACAGACAGGCAGUGAAAGUAGGAACUACCAGUUUUUGUAUUCCCCCAGCUCCCAAACUAACUUUCAACCUAACUAGUACUGAGCCAAGUGAGGAAUUGACAAUCUACCAAAAGUAUCUAGAAGUCUUAAAGCCCCUGAAAAAGAUCACUAGUCCGGAUCAGAUGAUGAUUUUCGGACAAUCAACGGAAAAUGGGAUGCUAGGCCAACUUGAGCUGCUAUUCUUUCUACUGCGGAUUACGAUUAGUCCUACAAUCAUAAUAGACUGGCUGGACAAGAGUAUAUCCCCGCUUGAUGUGAAAUUAAUAGAUAGGUUUAGGCCUUUACUGAAGGACAUCCCCACGGAGCUGAAAAGGAGAAAGUUUGUUAUUAAUGUCGAUACUUCAUGUAAUGGUGUGUUUUGGAACGCUUUCCGUGAGUUGAUCAUAGAACACUACGAUACUAACCCACUACUAAUCUUAUCCACUAGUGUCGCCUAA